AUGGCGUAUUACACUGCCGCCACUGACAUGGAAUGUGUGGUUGAUGAGGACGUUCAGGACGAGAGCGGAAGCCACGAGGAGGCUGUAGCCGAUGAGUACGGCGGUGAUCAGGAAGAGAUUCCGAGCGACGAGCUCUGCAACCAUGGCGAGGAAGGAGAUCAAGCCGAAGAGGGAGAAGAGGAAGAAGUUGAAGAAGCUGAGCUGGAGCCUGCCGCUGCCGAGGAGUUCCUCGAAAGCGUCAACGAUGCGCAGGAGGAGUUGGAGGGCCAGGGGGAUGGAGAGGUCCAUGAUGAAGAGGAAGCACCUGCCAUUGAAGAGCUUUCGGUGGAGGCAGACGUGACUCAGCUCGAGCAGGAAGAGGAAGCUCCAGAUCCGAAUGUGGAGGUAGCCUCUGAAGAGCAGGACGCAGAGGCCGCUCCCGAGCACGUGCAGGAGGACACAGCGGAGGAUGCGGAGGGUGCAGAGAAGGAGAUGGAAACGGAGGAGGCUGAAACCGAAGAGGCUGCAGAUGCACCGGAGGAGGAAGUGGCAGAGGCCGCUCCCGUGCAGGAGGACGCAGCGGAGGAGGUGGAGGAUGCAGAGAGGGAGAUGGAAGCGGAGGAGGCUGCACCCGAAGAGGCUGAAGAUGCACUGGAGGAGGAAGUGGUAGAGGCCGCUCCCGAGCACGUGCAGGAGGACACAGCCGAGGAUGCGGAGGGUGCAGAGAAGGAGAUGGAAACGGAGGAGGCUGAACCCGAAGAGGCUGAAGAUGCACCGGAGGAGGAAGUGGCAGAGGCCGCUCCCGUGCAGGAGGAUGCAGCGGAGGAUGUGAAGGAUGCAGAGAAGGAGAUGGAAGCGGAGGAGGCUGCACCCGAAGAGGCUGAAGAUGCACUGGAGGAGGAAGUGGUAGAGGCCGCUCCCGAGCACGUGCAGGAGGACGCAGCGGAGGAUGCGGAGGGUGCAGAGAAGGAGAUGGAAACGGAGGAGGCUGAACCCGAAGAGGCUGAAGAUGCACCGGAGGAGGAAGUGGCAGAGGCCGCUCCCGUGCAGGAGGACACGGCGGAGGCUGAAGAUGCACCGGAGGAGGAAGUGGCAGAGGCCGCUCCCGUGCAGGAGGACGCAGCGGAGGAUGUGAAGGAUGCAGAGAAGGAGAUGGAAGCGGAGGAGGCCGCUCCCGAGCACGUGCAGGAGGACGCAGCGGAGGAUGCGGAGGGUGCAGAGAAGGAGAUGGAAACGGAGGAGGCUGAACCCGAAGAGGCUGAAGAUGCACCGGAGGAGGCAGUGGCAAAGGCCGCCCUCGUGCAGGAGGACGCAGCGGAGGAUGUGGAGGGUGCAGAGAAGGAGAUGGAAGCGGAGGAGGCAGAACCCGAACAGGCUGAAGAUGCACCGGAGGAGGCAGCGGUAGAGGAGACUGAAGACAAGGCCAUGGAAGCCCAGGAGGCUACUACCGCAGACUCCCCAAAGGAAGACGUGGUGGAGGAUCCGUCACCUGCAGGGGAGGACGUCGAGGUCAAGGAGGCAAUGGCAGCAGAGCCUGAGGCAGUUCCUGCAGAGGAAGUGGCACAGGAUGCGACAUGUGCAGACAAGGAAAUGGUUGCGGAGGAGGCAGCCGUAGAGCCGCUUGAAAAAGUUGCAGAUGUUGCAGAGGAGGAAGAAGCCGUCGCAGAGCAGGAAACCGAGGCCGUGCAGCCAACUCAGGCAGAUGCGGAGGACGCCGCGGACAAGGCCAUGGAAGCAGAGGAGGCUGCUACCGAAGACUCCUCAGAGGACGUGGCGGAGGAGAAGGAAGCCGAAGAAGCGCAGGAUCCAGCACCGGCAGGGGAGGACGCCGAGGUCAAGGAGGCAAUGGCAGCAGAGCCUGAGGCAGUUCCUGCAGAGGAAGUGGCACAGGAUGCGACAUGUGCAGACAAGGAAAUGGUUGCGGAGGAGGCAGCCGUAGAGCCGCUUGAAAAAGUUGCAGAUGUUGCAGAGGAGGAAGAAGCCGUCGCAGAGCAGGAAACCGAGGCCGUGCAGCCAACUCAGGCAGAUGCGGAGGACGCCGCGGACAAGGCCAUGGAAGCAGAGGAGGCUGCUACCGAAGACUCCGCAGAGGACGUGGCGGAGGAGAAGGAAGCCGAAGAAGCGCAGGAUCCAGCACCGGCAGGGGAGGACGCCGAGGUCAAGGAGGCAAUGGCAGCAGAGCCUGAGGCAGUUCCUGCAGAGGAAGUGGCACAGGAUGCGACAUGUGCAGACAAGGAAAUGGUUGCGGAGGAGGCAGCCGUAGAGCCGCUUGAAAAAGUUGCAGAUGUUGCAGAGGAGGAAGAAGCCGUCGCAGAGCAGGAAACCGAGGCCGUGCAGCCAACUCAGGCAGAUGCGGAGGACGCCGCAGACAAGGCCAUGGAAGCAGAGGAGGCUGCUACCGAAGACUCCCCAGAGGACGCGGCGGAGGAGAAAGGAGCUGCAGAAGCGCAGGACAAAGAGGUGUUGGAACCUGCUGAUGGACGUGCUACCAAGGAUGGUACGGAGACAGUGGAAGCCACGGAGGCAUCAGAGACUCUCGAGUCUGCGGCGGAAGCCGCGGAGCCAGCUGAAGCCAGUGCACCGGCAUCCAAAGCCGCCGAAGCAGAGCUGGCUGCCCCGAAGACGGCGACAGAUGCGGUACCCGCCGACGAGGCCCCCGCACGCCAGACAGGGCUGGGAUGGCUCUAUGCCUCGACAGUGGCUGCGGCUGCGGCCCUACGCAGCUCCCCAAUGCGUGGUGCCCGCAGUCUGGCCGAGCGUCUGCGGAGUCGCGGAGGAGAACCAGCCGAGAGCGGAGAGACGCUGGCCGCCCCUGUCUCCGCAUCGCAAGGUGCUGAGGCGCCAGAGCUCUUGCGCGCACGGCAGCGCGCCGAACGCGCAGCGCAGCGCCCACCUCCGGCGGGUCUCGAACAGUAUCCAGCAGCCGAUGGCGACGAGGAGGCCGAAGAAGAGGAGGCUGAAGAAGACGCCAGCGCAGCAUCUCCAGGAAAGACUGAGACUGCAGCCGGUGAGGCGAAGGCGACGUCCCCGUUGCAGCAAAAGACGGCUUCGGCAGGCUCAGGCGAGAAGGAUAACGCCUCGCCGAAGACCUCGGCCACUUUGCCGGUGCAGGAGGCGGAGGCACUGAAGUCCAAAGGUAAAUCCCAGAAGGCCGCGGAGCCCGAGAUUUCUGAGCCGGCUCCCAAGAAGAAGCCGGGAAGGAAGCCCAAACAGGAGGCCCCCACGGUGGCCCAGGCCGCCCAAGCGGAGGCGGAAGCCCAGACCCAGGCCGAGCCUUCGAAGCGUGCGGCCCCGGAGGCGGCCCAAGCGGAGGAGAGAGGCAAAAAGAAGACGAAGACGACGGCUGCCGUCGAUAUGCACUUGGAGGCACUGCGCAGCUUGAAGACGGAAGCAGAGAGAGAAGAGUAUCUGGGCAACAUCACGCUGACCAUGCGGAUGAAGGUUGCCGAAGCGCAGUCGAUGUGUGCCGAUGCCUUGCCGGCGGCAGAGGUGCAAGAAGAGGAAGCCCCAGCCCCGAGCGAAUCAAAGGCCAAGGAGAAGAAGCGCGGAGGCAAAGCGACAAACAAACCCGAAGCCGAGCAGAGGCAAAGCGAAGAGCCGGCCUCCGAGGCGCCGGCACCUUCGGCGGGACGCCCCCAGAAGCGCGCUGCAGCACAGCAGGCAGAGCCUGAUGAGGUCAAGAAGCCAAAGAAGCUCACUGCGGCCGUCGAGAAGCACAUGGAUGAGCUGGCGAAGUUGAAGACCCAGAAGCAGAAGGAGAAAUACAUCGCCAAGCUGACCAUCGCCAUGCAGACCAAAGUGGCUGCAGCCCUCUCUGAAGCCGAGGUCCAGAACGAGGAGACCGAGGAGCCCGAAAGCAAAAAGCGCACAGCGCCUCCGAAGGAACCGAAGGACUCGGCCAAGGCGCGGAAGGUCGACGAUUCCGAGAAGCACCUGGAGGAGCUAAGCAAACUCAAGUCCGAGAAAGCCAAGACUGCCUACCUGAAACAGCUGCCUGCAGCCACGCGGCAGCGCGUGGAGGCGCUCCGGGCUGCCUCUGCUCCAUCGGCUGCGCCUGCCGUGUCCGCCUCUCCGUCGCCACGGAGGCUGGGGCCGCCCACGCUGCUUGAAGUCGCUGAGAAGGUUGUGGAGGCACGCCAGGCUGAAAGCACAGGCGCUGCAGCUCAGCCAGAGCUCUCCCAGAAAAAGCCAGCUGCCAAAAAGAAGCCCACCGCAGUGGAAAAGCAUUUGCAGGAGCUGAGUAAGCUGAAGAAUCCUCAGAAGAAGGAGACCUACCUGAGCAAACUCCCUCCUGCAAUGCAGGUGAAGAUGGCCGAGGCCAUGUCUCUUGCGGAAGGCGGCUGCUGA